AUGGCCUGCCAGUGGCUCUACGAAGAACGAAAAGCGCGUAUUGUUUCAACUCCAUUUUUCGAGUAUCUCGCCGACAAUUGCCUUUGGAGGUUGUGGUUCAAACCAUUUGGCGAUGAUGGUCCCAAGUGGCCUUGGGGACCUCCAAAGGCCUCUCCGAACUUGACAAAAGGGCAGAAGCCAAACCAAAUAUAUGCCGAAUAUCGUCAAGAUCGUGCAGACAAACUAGCUACUAUAGCCACCAACGCCCUAGGCAUUGCAUCAAUUGCCGAGUUCGCCCCUGAGACACCGAUCUAUCCCAACUCGGAGUACAUCGUGCGAUCACAAGCUGCGCUUAUAACGUCUGGAGACGAUGAACCAGAACCAGAACCAGACCUCGAGCUGAACAAGCGACAGGCUGCUUGGGAUGAACUCGACUUCCGACACAUUCCCGGUGUCGUAGGUCCGUUCGAAAUCGACCUACCGUCGGUGGCUCCCAUCGAGACGCUUGUCGCUAGAGAUCUGGUGGCAAUUAAUGAAUUGACUGAGGGACAUGCUAUCAUCAAGGCAAACAUGACUCAACGAAGAGUGAUCGUUUCGUUCCCUGACAAGGUUGGAGAAUAUGACGAAGAUGGCUAG